AAUGUACUCAUUCCUACCCAAAUACAACAGUUGAAACAGUGUUAAAAAAUCAUUUUAUGAAUAAACAUAAAGAUUUAUGGAUAAAUAUUAGAAGAAAUACAAAAAUGGGAGGAAAGGAAAAACGAAAACAGAAAGAAGUUUAUCGAUAUGAAGAAGAAAUUUUCACUCCAUCGAUAUUCGAUAAUGAAUCUAAUUAUGAAAAUGAGGUUACACAAUCAGACAAUCAAAUAAAUCAAGAUAUUGAAAUUGAAGAAAAUAACACUUCAAUUGAAGAAUUUAGUAUUGUUAAAAAUAUUAAAAGCAUUGAAGUUUAUGAUGAUAAAACCUUUAAAAUGAAAGUUGAUCAUAACAAAAUUGAAAUUAAUGGAAGAUGCAAAAUCGAAUUUAAAUAA